AUGGGAACGAGGAUGGAGGUGGCACAGCUCGAGAGCAGGAUGAACACUGAGGACUAUGGAAAGCUACAGAGCCUUUUCCUGGACCCCUCGGGUGCAUCUCGCUCCUUGUCCAGAACUGAAUUCAUCGAUUUGGCUUGGUCUUCAGUAGGCCGUGGCUCCAAGGAGGAGUACGGCCUCCUGUUUGACAGCGUGGUUGUCACUCAGGAGCACCGCGGCCUCCUUCUGGACAGUGAUGCGGUGAAAGAGGAAGGACGUGUCGACUGGGGAGGGCUGUGCUCUUUUCUCCUGCUGGAGCUUUCUGAUAAAGUAAAGAACAUCAGAACCAGCAGUGCGCCUUGCUGGAAGCCCCCGCGCACCCUGACCUGUCCACAUCGAGACCAGGUUCAAAAGGUGCUGUACUUGCAGAGUUCAGGCCGGUAUCUGACCUUGAGUAAAGGAGGAACUGUAGGGCUGCGAGACGGAGAGGACAUGUCCCUCCUGCACACACAUCGACUGCAAAACUGCACAGUCACACCCAAAGACCUCUGGGUCACAGACGUGGUGCUGCUGCACAACGUACACAAGAUUGCUGUUUCAUUCACAAGUAAAGAGGUGUGUUUUUAUGACACACUGUCUAAACAGGACUUCAGCUGCAAAUAUAAGCUCCAGGGUUUGAAGUUUACUCCCUGGUGUCUAGAUUACUGGGUCGAUCCCUCUCUCCCUGACCAGGCCAUUCUCACCAUAGGAGACAUUGGAGGACAGGUCAGUGCUUUGUAUUUCACCUCAGCUCAGAUCUCUCUGUUUGAGAGACUCAGUCUGAGGACAGACUCAGACUCAGCAGACAUCAUCCUAUGGGACGAGCUGGUCAAAGGAAAACAUCGGUCCUGUUACACCGUGACACACCAAGUUCACACACCUGCCUGGGUUAGAAGAGUGCGUUACCUGGGCUCACUGGAGGCCUUUGUGUCGUGUAGCACCAGACCACAGAGCAGCAUGGUGAUUGGCUGGAGGGAAAAAGAAAGCAGGAGUCUUCGAGUCUCUUCUUUCUUUACAAAGAGGGGAGUGUGGGACUUGGACCACCACAGAGGACUCAAUCUGAUAGCCACAGCAGGUGUGGAUCAUCAGGUCUUGCUGUGGAACCCUUAUGUGACCUCCAAGCCUGUGUGUGCACUCAGUGGGCACACGAGUCCCGUCCUCGCGGUUCGCUUCAUGCAGACCAAGCAACAACUGCUCAGCUUCUCCAAAGAUAAGGUCCUGUGUCUAUGGGACGUGUCCAGUCAGCGAUGUGUUCACCGUCUGGCUGGUGUCUUCCCAAAGACGCAGGAGGACACACACACCCUCCUGUUCCUCCAAGAGGAGCAUCAGCUCCUCCUGCUCACCUUCAACAGUCUGCUUCUUCUGCUGGAGACCAUGAAGGAGGAGAAGAGGGCCAGCAGCCAUGAACACCCUGUGACCUGUGUGCUGUAUAACAGUCUGUUCAGACAGGUAGUCAGCAGCGACUCUGCGUCCUCUGUGAUCUGCUGGCUGGCUGACACAGGCCAAAAGGUCAAGCAGUUUCACCGUUGCCAUGGCAACGCUGAGAUCUCCACCAUGGCCCUGGAUGGUACCCAGACCCGGCUGUUUACUGCAGGCACUGACGGAGAGGUCAAAGUGUGGGACUUCAACGGACGCUGCCUCCACAGAAUGAAUGCCGGCCUGGGUCGAGCUGUGGAGAUCUCACAGGUCCUGCUGCUGAAGAGGAGCAUACUGGUGAUGGGCUGGGAAAGGAUGUUAACAGUUUUCCGUCUGCAUUCCUUCUCUAAGUCCUUCGUUGAGCCAUCGGAGUGGAAGGGAGGUGUUCAGCAUCGUGGUGAUCUGCUCUGCGCUGCGUUCCAGCCUCCACAGACUCUGGUCACAGGAGGCUACGAUGGAGAGAUUAUAGUGUGGAACAAUGGCACAGAAAAAGCUUUGAGGAAACUGCAGCCACAUGCUGAACAUGAAGAAUACAAGAACGUGAACAGCAAAGAGGACUCAGAGAAAUUCAUUGCCAUCACCAGAUUGUUCUUUAUACCAGGACGCACAUCUGCACCUUCAGGUGGUGCAGACUUGGUGUCCUGCGGAGGUUCGGGUGUGGUCAGGCUCUGGAACUCUGUCCAUAGCCGUCUUGUGGGACAGUUCACAGCUCACAACAGAGACCUGGGAUCUAUUGUCAUGACAGUCAGCCCUUGUGGAAAAUAUUCAGUCACUGCUGAUAGAGAGGGAACAGUUAAGACAUGGGACAUACAGCAUUAUUGUCUGGAGCCAGAUGAUGGAAUAACCAAAGACCCUCCAAACCUACUAUGUAGUUUCCGCCCACACCUUGAUCGUGUGACUCACCUGGAGACAUGCGUCCAUGGCAACAGGCUCCUCCUACUCUCUGCGUCAUCAGAUUGCAGCGUGGCUCUCAGCUACCUGCCUGGAGAUACCAUCGGUCUGUUUGGACAGGAAGAGCAGUGGUGCUUGGAAAGACUUGGACCGCUGCAGCCACAGCAGGACCAGAGAGAUCACAGAGGGCAAGAGGACACCAGAUGGGUGGGGGUGGGUGGGGGAGUGAGGUCACCUCCAGCUCCCAGUGAAGCGUUAUCUGACCCAGCACUCGACAUCUCAGCAGAGGGAAGAGAGGUGAGGACAGUGGGACAGGCAGAAGUGGACAGAAAAGAACUUUUGAUCCAGGUGAAGAGAUGA